AUGGCUGAAAUGGAGCAGGCUUUGAAGGAAAUUCGAAAGGAGCUAGGUGGAGAGGAUAUUAUCUCCACUGACCCCGACGACUUGCAUGCCCAUGGGUAUUCUGAAUGGUCCUCAACCAAUCCUGAUGGCCUUCCCGUGGCUGUUGCAUACCCGCGAUCAACAGACCAGGUGGCGACGAUUGCACGGGUAUGCUUCAAGUACAACGUCCCCAUCAUUCCUUACUCGGGUGGUUCCAGUCUGGAAGGAAACUUCUCGGCACCCUACGGAGGUAUCAGCGUCGACUUUGCCUUUAUGGACCAGAUUCUCUCCUUCAAUAAGGAUGAUAUGGACAUCGUUGUUCAGCCGAGUAUCGGAUGGCAAGACUUGAACGAAAAAUUGGCAAAAAUGGAGAGCGGUCUCUUUUUCCCUAUCGACCCUGGUAAGCCAAAAAUCAGCGCAGUGUUUGCCAUGAUGAAGAUGUUUAGGAUUGACAACAGAACAGGCCCUAGCGCAAAGAUUGGUGGAAUGAUCGGUACAAACUGCUCGGGAACCAACGCCGUUAGAUACGGAACCAUGAAGGAUUGGGUGAUCAACCUUACCGUUGUUUUGGCAGACGGAACUGUGGUCAAGACUCGGAGACGGCCAAGAAAGUCUUCUGCCGGCUACAACCUAAACGGACUAUUCGUAGGAUCUGAGGGAACACUGGGCCUUGUAACCGAAGCAACCCUAAAGCUCACUGUUGUGCCCGAAGACUUCUCAGUUGCUGUGGUUACAUUCCCUAGUAUCAGAGACGCUGCUGCGGCCGCAGCCGAAGUCAUGCGCAAUGGCAUUCCCGUGGCGGCGAUGGAAAUCAUGGACGAGGUGCAGAUGAAAGUCGUCAACCUGGGUGGCGCAACAGCGCCUCGUGUUUGGCAGGAACUCCCGACCCUAUUCUUCAAGUUUUCUGGUACCAAGGCCGGUGUCAAGGAGAACAUUGGUCUCGUUCAGAAGAUCACCAAGAAUCACAAGGGCGGUAACUUUGAAUUCGCAAAGGACGCGCUCGAGCAGAAGUUGCUAUGGUCUGCUCGAAAAGAAUCACUAUGGUCGAUGCUGGCCCUUCGCAAGGAUGGCGAAGAAGUUUGGAGUACCGAUGUCGCUGUCCCCUUCAGCCGUCUGGCGGACCUCAUCGAGAUCAGCAAGAAGGAGAUGGACGACAUGGGGUUGUUUGCAAGUAUCCUCGGCCAUAUCGGCGACGGUAACUUCCACGAAAGUAUCAUUUACAACCGGACGAUCCCUGAAGAGCGGGAGAAGGUCGAGAAGUGCGUCCACAACAUGGUGAAGCGAGCAAUAGAUAUGGAUGGAACGUGUACGGGCGAGCAUUCGAUCGGCUGGGGCAAGAAAGAGUCUCUGCUUCUUGAAGUCGGUUCCGAUACCCUCGACGUAAUGAAGUCGAUCAAACGUGCGCUCGAUCCGAAAUGGAUCAUGAACCCUGGAAAAAUCAUGGACAUUCCCGAGGGCUCAAGGACGAACCAAGGUUUCUCGGUAUAG